CAUUGUGAAUUGCGUCGUGAAAUCUUCACAGGAAGGAAAAAAAAGUCCCAUUCUUUCCACAAAAAGUCGAUGCCUUAAACUUGAAUGAUUAACAGAACCAGAAAUCCCAAUAAAUUAUAGCGAAGAAAACGAGAAUCGAAUCGUUUUUCGAGCAUUCCAUUUCCAAUUUCUUCGUCUUCGUCUUCGUCUUCCCGAAUUCCGUCCUUCGAUGGCGGAAGAUUUCGCCAGAGCCGUCGACGAUGGCCUCCGUCUUUCGAAGAGACUGUACUUCGGCAAAGACCGAGCCGUCGCGCCUCCGAAAUCGCUCCCCACGAUGGAUAGAUUGGAUCACUCGUUUCUCCCUACGGCUCCCAUGGUUUAUGCCGUCAUCGGUGAUCCUGGGAUCGUCGAUAACCCCGAUAUUCCGAGCUACCAGCCCCACGUUCAUGGCCGCUGCGACCCACCGGCUCUGAUUCCGCUUCAGAUGAACGGAAUCGAGCUGGAGGCUGAUUGCUAUUUGGAUACCGCCAUUAUUCGGAUCACUGGCUCUUGGAGGGUUCACUGCGUCAUGGGUAGUCGCAGCUGCGAUUGCCGCAUUGCGAUCCCAAUGGGGGAACAGGGUUCAGUUCUAGGUUGUGAGAUCGACGCUCCUAGAAAAUCAUUUCGUACUUCACUUAUUGCACUUGAAGACAAAAAUAAAAAUGCUGCAGAAAAAGCAGAACGUGUAGAUGGAGGUUUUCUGACUUCUAAUAUAUAUACCCUCACAAUUCCACAGAUUGAUGGGGGCACCACUUUGUCUAUUACCAUCAGUUGGUCUCAGAAGCUAUUAUACGGCGAAGGCAAUCUCACCUUGAAUGUUCCAUUUACCUUUCCUGAAUAUGUCAUCCCUGCGGGAAAGAAAAUGUCGAAAAAGGAGAAGAUAGCGUUAAAUGUGAAUGUUGGCUCUGCAAUUGAGGUUUUGUGCAAGACAACGAGUCAUCCUUUAAAGGAAUCGAUGAGAAAACCCGGAAAACUGGGCUUUGUCUACGAAGCGGAAGUUCUCUCAUGGUCAAAAACUGAUCUUAGCUUCUCAUACAGUGUCUCUUCAAGUCAAAUAUCUGGUGGUGUUCUCCUGCAAUCUCCUCCUGCAGAUGAUGUUGAUCAAAGAGAGAUGUUCUGUAUGUACUUAUACCCAGGAAAUGUACAGGGAAAGGUGUUCAGAAAGAAGAUAGUAUUUGUUGUUGAUAUAAGUGGAAGUAUGCAAGGCAAGGCACUUGAUGAUGUGAAAAAUGUACUAUCCACAGCCUUGAGUAAGCUUCGCGGAGAAGACGAGUUUAAUAUUAUUGCUUUCAACGACGAAGCUCAUAAAUUCUCAGAAUCCAUGGAGAUGGCCGCCAAGGAUGCUGUUGAAAGCGCCCUUCAGUGGAUAAAUACAAAGUUUCUUGCAGGGGGUGGCACUAAUAUUCUACUCCCAUUGACAAAGGCCACCGAGAUGCUGAGUGAUGAGGGUAAAGCUGGUGCAGUUCCCAUCAUCUUUCUUGUUACUGAUGGUGCUGUUGAAAAUGAAAGACAUAUUUGUGAUGUGAUGCGGAAAAAUCAAACAGAAAAGCAAUCCGUUUGUCCACGUAUAUAUACGUUCGGUAUAGGUACAUUUUGCAACCACUAUUUUCUAAGGAUGCUUGCGAUGAUUGGCAGGGGUCAGUAUGAUGCUGCUUAUGAAUUAGAUUCGAUUGAACCCCGAAUGCAGAAAUUGUAUGAAAGAGCUACGUCUGCUAUUCUUGUAAAUAUAUCUAUAGACUCGUUCGAUGAUCACGAUCUAGAUGAAGUCAAGGUUUAUCCUUCCUUUAUUCCAGACCUUUCUUCUGAGAGUCUACUCACUGUAUCUGGCAGAUACCGCGGAAAUUUUCCCGAGAUUGCCAAGGCAAAAGGCCUCUUGGGCAAUUUGGAUAACAUUGUCCUAGACUUGAAGGUACAUCAGGCAAAGGAUAUACCACUUGACAAGAUAUUUACUAAAGACCAAAUUGAACAACUUACAGCUGAGGCCUGGUCUUCAGAAAAUAAACAACUGGUGGAGACGGUUGAAAAGAUGAGCGUAAAAACGGGCGUAAUGAGUGAGUAUACUCGAAUGGUCAUAUUUCAGAGCGGAGACAGAGGCAAUGAAUCAAUGAAAGUGCAACAGUCGAAGAAGAAUUCUUAUGAGAAAAUGGUAGCACCUAAAGAUGACAAAAUGAUACUGUUACCAUUCUGUGGUGUUGGCUUUGGAAACUUGGAAGCAACUGCUGAGAACACUCCCCAUGGGACCGGAGAAAGAAAGGCUGAGGCUGCGGAAAUAUUCGUCAAAGCAGCUUCUAAUUGUUGUAGCAAUCUGUGUGGUUACUGCUGUUGCCCCUGCUGCAUAGAAGCCUGCUCCAGCAUCAAUAAUCAAUGCGCAAUUCUGUUGACACAACUCUGCACUGCUUUUGCCUGCUUCGGUUGUUUCGACUGUUGUUUAGAGAUGUGCUGCGACACUACUAGUGGUACAUAGAUACCUGAUACAAAAUUUACACAAGGUUUGUCAUUUUAGCUGCAUUAGCAGUGUCUUUUACACAGCUCGUUGAACGAAUUGUGUGACAUGUACUAAGACCCGGAGUUCAAAAUAGGAUUAGAACAGUCAAUAUACCUGAUUACUGCUGUAAACCAAAUAUGUAAACUAGUUUGUAUACAACGAGUGCCUUCUUUAGUUCUCUCUUCUGGAAGUCCCACAAUGGCUUGUAAUCAAACAUCUACUUCCACUAUGUUCACAAACAAACAUCACACCUUGAAAAGUAUUCAAAUUUAUGACA